CACUUCGAUUAACUACAACAACUACCGAUUUAAAUAGGCUUAUCUGACACUGAAUGCCUGAUAAAAUUUGAAAGAGUCUAAUUGUACUUAGUUAUGUCAAUUAACUCAACUGAAAUCAGUAUAACUGCAACUGCGAACUGCUCAAGAUGAAGCGCCACAUAUUAGUCUUGGCCGUAUUGGCCAUUCUUAUGGCCAUUGUUGGCGCAACAAAAGUGCGUUAUGAUAAUUACAAAGUUUUCAAAAUCAGGACAAAGAGUUUAGAGCAACAAAAAUUGAUUGAGAACUUAGCGAAAGAAUCGAAAAGUUUUAACUUAUGGCACAGUGGCAAGGGAGAGGUCCACAUCAUGGUGAGUCCACAAAAAUUUAUACAACUACAAAAUUAUACGCAAACGUUUAAUUUGCCUUUGGAAGUGAUGGUUUCAAAUGUACAAAGUUUAAUAGACGGCGAACAGAUAAGUAAAGCGACAGACAAUGCGCAUACUUUCGGUUGGACGCGUUAUUACCCCUUAUCAGCGAUUGAAGCUUUCUUAGACGACAUACUCGCCAAAUACCCUGAUGUCACUAGUCACAUAGAUAUUGGCACCAGUUAUGAAAGACGUAAGAUACGUGGCAUCAAAAUCUCCUAUAAAGAGGGUAAUCCCGGUAUAUUCAUUGAAUCUAAUAUACACGCACGUGAAUGGAUUACUUCGGCGACUGCCACUUGGUUAAUUAAUGAGCUGUUAACUUCAACCGAUGCUAACGUGCGAAAAUUGGCUGAGAAUCAUGAUUGGUAUAUUGUACCAGUUCUCAAUGUGGAUGGUUUUGCCUACACGCAUACAACGGACCGCAUGUGGCGCAAAACGCGACAACCAGUAAAUUUUUCACCUUGCAUUGGUGCUGAUCCCAAUCGUAACUACAAUUCGCACUGGAUGGAAAAUAAUGGCGCUUCCUCGAAUCCCUGCGACGAGACAUAUGCCGGUACACAUCCUUUUUCAGAGCCAGAAGUUAAAGCCCUCGCCGAUUAUGUAACCAGCAUUAAGGAACGACUCAAUAUUAUGCUAGCCUUUCAUUCCUAUAGUCAAGUUUUACUUUCACCACAUGGCUGGACUAAGGAACUUCCCACCAAUUUUGAUCAUUUAAUGGCGGUAGCGAAGGCUUAUUCCGAUGCGGUGCUCCAGUUGCCAUACAAAACAAAGUAUACUUAUGGCACUUCAUCUGAUGCAAUGUAUUUUGCUUCUGGCGCUACUAAUGAUUGGGCCUACAGUGAGCAGGGUAUUCGGCUUUCCUACACAAUCGAGUUUCGUGAUACAGGACGCUUUGGUUUCAUUCUACCACCAAUACAGAUAUUACCACAUUGCGAGGACACGAUUGCCGGUUUAUUAGCUCUGGUGGACAAAGCCGACGAACUGGGUUAUCUAAAAGUUAAAUACGCAUAAAAUUCCUGGCAAUAUUAACGUUUCAUGUGAAUUAUUUAUAAAAAAAAAAUAUAUAUAAAAAAUAAAUAAUAAAA